AUGGGAACAGCUCUCUGCACGCGUGGCGAAGUUUUAGCCAUAUCAGCGUGGAACGUCAGAACGCUUAUCGAAGUUGCAAGCCAAGCGAUCACUGUCAACACCCUUUCUAAAUAUCGUGUGGAUAUCGUUUGCUUGUCGGAGGUCCGUCUUCCUUAUUUCGGGUCUCGAUUGGUUAUUAAUCCUGGCUUAGAACAUAGAGAUACUGGCUAUAUCGCUGUGGUGCUUUUGAUGACUCGGGGCGAUAUGGCGUUACCGAUUGUCAACGAAAAUUUUUGCUUUUCUUUUAUUCAAUAG